UUCUUUCUUCAGAUUCCGUCAAAUUUCCGCCGGGAUAUUUGUCGUAUUCCGAUAGUAACAGAGGAAGAUGAAGUUCGGUAAGAGCUUGAGUAAUCAGAUCGAAGAGACUCUACCCGAGUGGAGAGAUAAAUUCCUUUCAUAUAAGGACUUGAAGAAGAAGCUUAAGCUUAUCGAUGAACCCAAAACCGAUGAGAGGCGUUGUAAGCGACCGAGGUUGGUUGCAGGGGAUGAUUCUGCUGGAGAUAUGGAUAUGAUUGCGAUGACAAGAGAGGAGAAGGAAUUCAUUCGAUUGUUAGAAGACGAACUCGAAAAGUUCAAUGCUUUCUUCGUCGAGAAGGAAGAAGAGUAUAUCAUCACAUUAAAGGAGUUGCAGGAUAGAGUGGCAAAAGCAAAUGAUUCCAACGAAGAGAUGAUUACAGUGCGGAAGGAAAUUGUGGAUUUCCAUGGAGAGAUGGUUCUGUUGGAGAAUUACAGCGCUCUUAACUAUACAGGUUUGGUGAAGAUACUGAAGAAGUAUGACAAGCGAACUGGUGCUCUCAUUCGAUUGCCAUUCAUCCAGAGAGUAUUGCAGCAACCAUUCUUCACUACAGACUUGCUCUACAAGCUUGUAAAAGAGUGUGAGAUUAUGCUUGAUUGCCUCUUCCCAAAGAAAGAACAAUUUGUACCUGAAGGAGAUGGAAAUGAAGGGUGUGAUACUAAGCCUGUGACCAUGAAGGAUGAGCUGCUGAUCAGGCCAAAGGAGCUCGAAGAAAUAGAGUACAUGGAGAGCUUGUAUAUGAAGAGCAGCAUCUCAGCACUUCGGGUCCUAGGGCAGAUCAGAAGCAAAAGCUCAACUGUAAGUGUAUUUUCUUUGCCGCCACUUCAGGGUAAUAGUCUGGAGGAGCCCUGGAAUAAAGUCCCUGUUUUGGAACAAAUAGCAAAAUAGAUGUGGUUUGUUUGGUUAGAACUCAAG